AUGGCUUUGACUGAAUAUAGGAAUGGAAUAGAAGAAGUGGAAGUGAAUAAGGAAGAGUUUCGUAAUAAUAAGCGAGUGGGGGUAGCAAGUACGUUUCUGGAGAAAAUUGGAAACUCCAAAGUGGCACUGAACUCUGAACCUGUUUGGCACUGUGCGCCCGGGGAGCCCGCGGGGCUAGCACGAGGGUGCGACCGGAGCGUGGCGAGCGGCCACGGCACCUCCACGCUACUGCGGCACGCGCCAACCCGCGCCGCCCGCCCGUCGCAGCGACGCAUCCCCCACCGCCCCGCAGCCCGCCCGCCCCACCACCGCCCCGCACGCACGCCGCAUUCUUGCCUUCAGCCUUCCCGUGACCCUCCGCACAAAGAGCCUACAACCCACCAUACACCUCAACACGAAGGCUCUAACACUCGA